GUUUUCCUACAGGGUUGUGCAACCUGUGGUUUAGGAAAAAAAAAUUAUAAAAGUAAUUGAAUCACAAGUUCAAAUAUUAUGUGCUUUUUAGCACAGAAAACCAAUUUGAGGUAAGUAGUACGCACAACCAGAAUUUAGCUGCAUAUGUUCCACUUUUGAACAAAUUAAAAUAUUUUGGUGCAUCUUAUGGUUUGCGAAAUUCAAACCACUCAAUUAAUUAUCUCUGAUUUAUUUUUGGCUAGUUUUACAAAUUUCACACUUAAAUACACCACAAAAAGUAAAAUAAACAUAAUUUUUCACAUCACUUCUGACAUUACACCACCUAUAACUUAUUUGCUGCAUUAAGGUGAUGUUUUAAGUCAUACGGUGUUUUUGAAAAAUCCUUCAAAAAUUGAUAAAAGGUUACUUAAUUUUCAAAAGUUACUAAAAGGCUACUUUCUUUUUAUAUUUACGUCUUAUGUGUGCUUAAAAAAAAAAAAAAAAAGUAUGCUAUUUUAAUGGGGGAAAUUAGAUUUUGUGGCUCCUACUCGGUUGUUGUUGGUGAGAAAUCGACCUAAAUGGCUCCUUAGGUGUGGAAGGUUGCAGACCCCUAUCCCAUACCAAAUGAAUUUUUAAAAUAAAAGAAAAUUAAAUAAAUUUUCAAAAUAAAAAAAAAUCUCAAUUUUGGUGAGUUUUGUGAAUAAUAUUUUUGUUGGCUUUUUUUCCUUUAAAUCGGAUGUUGGGGAAAAAAAAAAAACAGUUGAUAACAAUACAAUGAGAUGGUUGGAUGCAAUGAUGGGAUGGGCUGCUUCACUAUAUAUAAACGCCCAUAAAGUCUCAAGCUGUCAUAAGUGCAUCACUUGCGAUAUGGAAACAAUAAAGCUGAUUGAGUUUUUCAUCAGGUCGUCUAUAUUUCUUACAGCUAUCUUUGGAAACAACUGGCUUGCAGUAGCUUCUCUGCCUAAAGACAGAUCUGCCAUUCGAACCAAUGAAGUUCUUUUCAUCAACUUGGCCGUCUCAAAUCUGAUCACCAACUAUGUGGUGAACCUGCCUGAGACCAUAACAGACUUAGCUGGCCACUGGUUUCUGGGUGAGACCUUCUGCUAUGUGUUUCUCUUUUCCAUCGACUUCUCAGAAACCAGCAGCCUCUUCUCGACCUUCCUGAUCAGCGCCUUUUGGCACCAGAAGCUGGUGGGCUCCCUGAAGCGAGGCGGUGCACCGGUGCAGCUGGACAACCUAUAUCUUGUAGGUUUACUGCUGCUUGGGAGCUGGACAGUCUGUGCGGUCUUCAGCAUACAUCACUUCUUCUUUGGCUCUGUGGAAGGGACUAAUGGCAGUCAAAAACUCUGUGUGGAUGUCUUUCCAAGUCACCUUGGCGAGCAAACCUUUAACAUCAUCUUUCUAUCUGUGGCUAAUGUUUUUCCUCUAAUCGGGAUCGUAGCUGCCAGCGCUCAGAUUGUUGUUACUUUGCUCCAAAACCAGAAGCGUGUAGGAAGUCAAGCGUCAAAAGAAGUGAUCAGAGAAGAUAAAAGUUCUCAAAAUAAAACCUCAGGUAUGAGUUUGGGCCCUUUGAAAGGGGUUAAGCUGGUCAGAACCUAUAAAAGUGAGUCUCUUUCUUCUUCUGAGGUAGACAUCGAUCCUCAAACAUCUUCCCAAACUGCUUCAAAUUGCAGCGUUGGAGCUCCAGCUUCUAAGUCCUGCCAGAUACCAUCCAAGGCCAGUCCCAACUCCAGCAUCCAGCGGGCGGCGAAGAGCGUGGUGGCUGUUGGUAGUGUGGUGCUGGUCUGCUGGCUGACCCAUCUGCUUCUGCACAUCACCAACACCGUCCACUCCUCUCAUUCAUCGCUGGAGGUGGCCGGCUACAUUACAGCCUCAUACAGCUGCAUCAUUCCAUUCAUUUUACUUCAUGGAGUGAAAAAACUGUCAUGCUCAUGCAAAAACAGAUGA